AUUUUGUGGCUCAAUCAAAGGAAUAAGAUAGUUCAUCGGUUUGUUACUAUUUUUUUUAUGUUCAAACAAAAGAAAAAAGUGGAUUCUCUAGUUUCCUAGCUGCAGUUUGCCUCGAGUGGACAGUACUUGAUGUGAAUGCGUAUCAGUGUGUACGUUUGUUCGAUUCAGUCAUCAUUGUCCAGGAAAAAAUCAAAUAUUGGUUUUCAAGUCCAAGAAAAGCACUCCACACAAAGCUAGAAGAUGUAAAAGUACACAAAACUUCCUUCCACGUUUGAGGACGCUCUGUCCAAAACGGAACGGUUGAGCGGCUUCCAACGCUGUUAUCAAAAAGCCGUCCAAGCGAAGGUUCAAGGUAAUGCAAGACUAGCUCGUUCAGUUAGAGGCGCGAUAGGAUGGAUGCCAUAAAUAAGAAAUAUGCGCUGCGAGACCGAGCCGAAUUAUCCGCUGCCGUUAGGCAGCCUUUGCGUAACAACACUCGCAUCAAGUUCACCUGCUUCGAUUGCUCACCGAAAUACUUUGUCUUUGGGGCCAACUCCGGCAGCUUAUACCUAUACGAUCGAAUUACGACCAACUUUUUGGCGAUCUUUCCCAGCCAGCUGGGCGCCAUUGGAAAGGUAUCGAUUUCACACAAUGAAAAGCAGAUAGCGGUAGGUAAUCAAAGCGGGUCGAUUGGCGUGCUGCUUGAACUGGAACCACCGAGUGUGAAGGAGAUACUCAGCACGGACCUGACACCAUCUGGGGAUAACGAUGGUCGGCCGACGCCGGAUAAGGUAGUCGCCUUUGUGACGAGUUUUUGCUGGACGGAAGACGACAAGGAGCUGUAUUGUGGUGACUCGAGGGGUAUUGUGUCACUUAUACAGUUCUCACUUUUCAUGGGUCGCAACAUUCUCAACAUAACCCUGCAUCCCGUGCUGCUGCUUGAAAAUCGGAUAGUACAAAUUGAUCGCUACAAAGACUUGUUACUCGUGUCGACGCUCUCCAAAUGCGUGCUUUGCAAUACCGCUAGAGAAGAGUUCAAACAGAUUGGUAAUCGACCAAGAGAGGGUCAGUAUGGAGCCUCGUUUGUUAUCGCACAACCGAACAAUGGUCCAACGCCACCAUCACCACCACUGAUGAUCGUCGAUGAGGAAGACGUUCGGAUAUUCUGCUCUCGCCCCGGUAGUCGCCUCUGGGAGGCUGAUCUCGAGGGCAACGUCAUACGAACCCAUCAAUUCAAGCAAGCCGCCGCCAAUCGUCGUCAUCGUCAGUUGCAAUGUUUGCAGGAGUCGGAGCUAGAUUUAGGUCCAUCGGUACCAUCAGACGGAACGAUGAUGGUCGUUCCGUUUCAGGUACUUUAUUCCAUACGCCGUCAGUUGCUGCUCGUACACGAUCGCUGCCAUCUGCUUAUCAUCGAUCCAGUACACUCGAAAAUCGUACUGCGUACGGAUGAAUUUACCGACAUCACGCACGUGGCCGUGGUAGAUGAAUGGAUCUAUUUGCUUUCUGGAGAAAAUCGUCUUUUCCAGCUUCGCGUUGAAAUUGAGGGAGAAGACGAAACCUCUACGGUCACUCCUUCUUCGGGUUCGCCAAAAUCUUCGCCACUACCGACCACUGCACUUGAUGGUCGAAAGCAAAAGCAGCAAGGUGUUUAUAUUUUAGAUAAUAUGCUUAAUAAUAACAGCGGAAAACAGCAGCAGCUGAAUGGAAAAGAGAGUCCAUUGCUCCUUUCGACCGAAGCCACUAUAAAGGAAGCACUUGUGUCCGUUGUCCGGGGCAAGUAUGGAAGAAACAUAAAGCAAAUGUUCAUGGGUUUCGAGCAACAGCAACUGAAUGCGCAAAAUACCCUCCUCGGUGGUGGUCCGGAGCGGCCAAAAACACUUAAUUUAACGAAAAUCUACGCACCCAGCAAUAACAACGGAUUUGCCAGUGCCAACGGGAACGGAUUGCUGGCAGAGUUUGGUAUCGAAGCAGCAGUGGAGGAAGAGUUUCCAGAAGAUGAGAAUGAAAUUGUGGAAGAUCUGGUACGGACGCGCACGGGACAAACGUUUGCCGCGCCUAAUGGUUCAAAGGUACAAAUGAAGAAGAAAUUUUCAACAUCCCUGCUGGAUGGAUACGAAACGUCCGAGGAUGACGCAACCGUUCGAAACCUGUAUCUCAUCUACCGAUCAUCGAUCAUUAGUAAUCUCAACUUUGCCGACCGGUAUGCAAAGAUCUUCGACGACUACGACACAGAAACUAUUGUGCGUUUGCUAGGUAAGCUGGAAACGGUGAUGGAAGAGAACGAAGAACCGAAUGCCCGGCUCAAGUGUGUGCGGAUUUACUUCGCAUAUUUGAAACCGGAACUUCUGUGGGAAAUCGACGACGCGUCGAGGCAAUUCAUAAAGGACUGUUUUAUCGUGUGCAACACGACGGAAGCAAACGAUCGAUCAGUUCUGAAUCGUUUGGAGCGUUGUUCCGAAUGUGGAUUCUAUUUACAGGCAACCGAAACGUGUCACUAUCGGGACAUCGGUGUCAGCUUGAUGCAAUACUACUGGUCACGCAAAGAAUAUGCGCAAUGUUUUGCAAUGGUUAAACAAGUACCGUACCUCUGGCGAACGGUUACACGGUACUAUAUACAGGAUCGACGCGAGGAUAAGGUGGUAGCGUGCGUCUGGAAUCUGGCUGAUCAUGAACUGUUCGAGCGUGCUGCGGCAGAAAUUCCCUUCACUAUUUAUCACUGGAAGCAGCUAUUUGAAUUUGUCCUUUCGUACGAACAGAGCAAUGAAAUGAUCUGUUUGAACUGUGAUAAACUGUGCCCUAUCGGUAGACUAGGGUCUAAGCUCAAUAAUCACGACAAUAGAUCAGACGAGGACAAUCUUAAUGAAGCGGGAACAAAAGCUGAACGCAACUUCCGCCAAUGGAACUACCUGCUUAACGUUGCUAUCGAGCAUGUGGAGUCCAGCUCCCCAACACAACUUUUACGCCUGCUGCGCAGUUUUGCUGACAACAUUCCAAAAGGCGUGAUCAGUCCCAGUUUCUACAUUCGAUGUUUGCUGCUAGAAGCAAAGUAAGAU